AGAAGAAAAAAAGACAAGCAGCAGCUGAUAAUAAUAAGGAAGUAAAUGUUGGACUGGAUUUUAGAGCCCCGCUUUUGUUGUUAAGAGAAAGCAUAAAGCCGACGGCUUCGUAUUAAAAGUGAAACAACAACGACGCUGCUACGGAAGUUAGCCGUCAAGCUAAUUCUCCACAGACUCCACAAUAGAUCACCAAACAAACCCCGCUCACAGACAAAAAGAAGUAGAAGAAGACACGGACGAGAUUAUUUUGACUCCCACACCGUUUCAGCCAGCAUGGAUCAUCAGGACCAACCUCUGGAAGGAGCCAUGGAUCUGAGACAAGAGGACCUGCCACAGAUGGACGGCUCCUGUGAUGCGUGUGAGCCUGACGAGGCCCAGCCGGCGACACACGUGUGCCACACCUGCAGCUUCGCCUUCUGCCCCGUCCACGCUGGCAAACACGCCGGGAGAACACGUCACACGUUGACGCCUUACAAGCACGAAGAGACACAGGCCAACGGCCCGCACGCAGACAGAGACUCCAGAAAUGGAGGGGAAGCUGAGAACGAACCUGGAGGGAAUCGAGCAGUUGUAAUGGAUCAGGAAGUGGCACCUCCGGCUAACGGUGGUCAGUGUGAAGAUGCUGAAAAUGCUCGUAAGUGUUCACCUCAGGAAGCCGAGGCCUGCGAAGGGGCUGAGAACGCAGAAGCGGGACCAGAGGCCGUGGGCGGCGAGGAGGCCGGGAAGAGGGACACGGUGACAGUGGAAAGGCUUCGUUGCAAGGAGCACGGGGAGGAAGGCUCUCUGUAUUGUAAACCUGACGAACAAAUAAUCUGCGUGGUGUGUGCUGUGCAGGGUGAGCACAGGGAGCAUGAGAUCAUAACUCUGCACGAGGCCUAUGUGUGGCAGAAGAGCAGGCAGGGUUGUGACCUCCUUGGCUAUACACAGCAGAUGGCUGAACGGAUCAAAACCAAGUGGACCAACCCUGAGAUGUCGACAGAGGAACUAGAAGAAUAUGUGAACAGUCAGUUUGAUGAGCUCCGCAGACUGGUUCUUUUGGAGGAGAGGCGAACCCUUCACUUGGUCGACCUCAAAGAAGCUUUUCUUACGGCGUCUGCUGCUGAAAAAAUUGCKGAGAUCACGGCUGAAACCGAAAAGCUGCAGGAGGAGAUGGACAGCAUCACGCACCAGCUGUGCCUGCUGGAACAGGCCGAGACCAUUGGACCUGCUGUUGCAGCAGAGGUCCUUGCUGCAGUUCCUGGACCUUCCCACAGAUUGCUGAACAACAUGGAAGCCAGGUUGAGGCUGCCAGAGCCAAGGGCAAACCCCUUGGACCCACGAGACCUGGAGGACAAUGAUUCUGGACCGUCCAUGGACCACGCCCCC